AUGGACGACAUUAGUGAGACAAUUCGCAACAUGUGCGGCCUUCCUGGCGACGAUAAAGUCGUCAUUGACAACAUUUUGGCAGACGCCAACAAUGACAAGACCUUCUUGGAUUACUUUCAAGAAAACGUGAAGCUUGUAGCCGACCAAACCUUUCUGACGCAGCCCAUGGGAAAGAACAUCGUCAUGGAAUGGACCUACGCAGAAGUUCUGACGGAAGCGAAGAGGGUCGCAGCUUAUAUUCAGAGCUUGGAACUACCGGAACGAUCUCAGAUUGCCAUUUUAUCCAAGAAUUGCGCCUGGUGGGUCGUCGCCGAUAUUGGAAUCUGGUUGGCCGGUCAUGUCUCGGUCCCAAUCUUUCCCGGAUUGACGGAGGAAACCACCAAAUAUACCUUGGAGCAUUCCGAAUCUAAACUGCUCUUUGUUGGAAAGCUCGAUGAAAAGCCAUGGGAAGAACAAAAGGGUGGAAUUCCGGACGAUCUUCCAACUGUCUCCUUUCCCUUAUCACCAGAGAACGGUGCGAAAAAGACGUGGAAAGAAACAGUUGGAGAAAUGACACCAUCCGAGAAGAUCUUUCAACCAGAACCAGACACCAUGGCAACCAUUAUUUAUACAUCUGGUUCCACUGGAAAACCGAAAGGUGUCAUGACCAGUUUCAGGGCCAUGACAGCUGCUACCAGAGGAAUUACAAAGCAAGUCAAGAUUACGUCAAGAGAUAGGUACUUGUCGUAUUUGCCAUUAUCCCAUGGGAUGGAGCGCUUCUUGGGUCAAUGUUGUCCCCUGUACGCUGGUAUGCAAGUCUUUUAUGCCGAAUCAAUCGCGACCUUUGUGGAUGAUUUGAAUCGGGCCAGGCCCACCCUGUUUGUGAGUGUACCAAGGCUUUGGACCAAAUUUCAAGCCGGUGUCUUUAAGAAAAUGCCUCAGGGUACGUUGGAUACCCUGCUCAAAGUCCCACUGGUCAACAACUUGAUUCGCCAUAAAAUCUUGGCCGGAUUGGGUUUGGACUGCGCUCGACUGGCGGCAUCUGGAUCGGCUCCCAUCCCAGCAGAAGUGUUGGAAUGGUACCGUUCCCUUGGCCUGGAAUUGCUAGAAGGAUACGGAAUGACCGAGAACUUUAAUUAUUCACACAUGAGUAAAGAGGGCCAUUCUCGUGCUGGCUACGUUGGGAAUACGUAUGACGAUGUUCAAUGCCGAAUCGCACAAGAUGGAGAAAUUCAGGUCCUUACUCCAGGAAAGAUGAUGGGAUACUUCAAGAAUACAGAUGCAACUAAGGAGACAAUCACCGAAGAUGGUUGGGUGCGCACUGGUGACAAGGGGGAAAUUGACGAAGAAGGUCGUUUGAAGAUUACUGGACGAACGAAAGAAAUUUUCAAAACGUCCAAGGGCAAGUAUGUUGCACCAUCACCGAUUGAACAAAUGUUUGUUUCACACGCCAUGGUGGAAAUGGCGUGCGUCUGUGGACAGGGACAGCCUCAGCCUCAUAUUAUUCUGCAGCUAGCAGAAGACGUCAAGCAAAACGCCAUGAACGAUGGACACUUCCGACAAGAAGUUACGACGGCUCUUAUCUCUCACUUGACGAACUUUGUAAACCCUUCUUUGGACGCACAUGAACAAUUGGACUUUGUGGUGAUUGUAUCGGAAAACUGGCUUCCAGAAAAUGGCUUUCUAACCCCCACGCAGAAGAUCAAGCGGGCAAAGAUUGAUGAGGCCUACAGUGCAUCGAUCCCCGAUUGGUACAAGGAAGCAAAGAAGGUGAUCUUUCACGGAGGCUGGAUGUAA